AUGACGCGAACCACCGUUGACGAGAUCAAAUAUGAGGCCCCUUCAUGGGAGCACAAGGGCCUAGACGUUGCCGACGACGGCAGACGACUAGCUCCCCAUUCCGAUACUGCACGUCCCAAAGGUCGGAUACGACGAUCGAUGACUGCCUGUCACACCUGUCGGAAGCUUAAAACCAGAUGUGAUCUAGACCCGCGCGGUCAUGCGUGCCGCCGUUGUCUAUCCUUAAGAAUUGAUUGCAAGCUGCCUGAAACGAACGAUCGCUUCCAAGACAAUGCGCCGAUUUGGUCCGACGCGACCUCGGCAAUUCCGUCCAUCGAGGAGCGCCUCACCUCCCUUGAAAGAAGCAUGAGAGAGAUGACGGGAAUGAUGCGACAGAUGCUGGCCCACUCCCCGGGAUUGGCCAGUGGCUCCAUCCCACACCUGUCGAAAAGCAUCCUUUCCGACGAGACGGCCUCUAUGGAGGGAAGCCCAUCGUCUCCCUUUCUUCCCAAACCCGUUCGGCUGAUCCAGGAUCUCCAAUCCGACUUUUUUGGAGAAGCUGACAGCCCUCCCGUUGAAUCUCCUCUCUCUGGGGAUGGCGUCUCCAAGAGCGCCAUCGACUCCAAACUAUCCCUCAAACUGUUGCAAAUGUUUGUUGACCACUUCGGCGCCUGCGUCUCCAUAUAUAACCUCUCCGACAUCCACAACGACAUGAAAGCUCCCGACUCUUUACUGUAUAAUACCGCCUGCCUGCUAGCUUCACGAUAUGUACCGGGGAUACCAGGCUCGGUCAUGCAUACCAUAUACCUUCAAGUGCGGCAGGCAGUGGUCAAUAUCCUAUGGGAGAAGCCACCGCUGAAGUACGAGACUCUUCAAGCCCUUGCACUUCUUUGCCUCUGGCCAGCGACCGUGCAGAAAGAACCACCCAUGGACAGCUGGCUGCUGAGUGGUAUCUCUAUCAAUCACGCAAUAAUCUCCAUUGAAUUCCUUAAUUACGCGCCCACGGAAGUCAUGGUCGACAACGAGACGGCUGCACAACUGCGACUAUGGAAUACAUAUUGCUUGACGCAGCUACAUUUUGCGGUCGGGAAUGCGCGCCCGUUCCACAUCCAGCAGAGGUAUCUUGACCACUGCCCGCGGAUACUCGAGCACCCAGCAGCGACCUUGGACGAUGCGAAGGUCGUGGCUGAGAUCCAGUUGUAUUUGAUCACAUUGCGGCUGCAGAGCAACAGCAAUCGCAUGCGGCUCGCCGACAUCGAUUACGACGAGAUUGAGCGAUGGAAGACAGAGUGGGCUCAUCUUUUCUGUAAGACGCUCGGCCUGGUUUUUCGAAAUGCAACUAACGAAGAAGCAGCGGGUGAGAAUUCGACCCUGGAGUUGAGUCUCUGGUUCUGCCAGAUACUUCUCCACCGCACUGCGAUGCGGUUUCAACCCAGGCCUGACAGACUCGCAUCUGAGGUCCUCCAGACUUCCCGUCUUAUCAUCUCGCGAUUCCUCCAAAUCCGUUACUCCACCGCAUUAAGCCUCGUCGACCAGAUUUACUUUAUUGUCGGCUACGCAGCCCUGAAUCUCUGCGAUUUCAACCUCAUGGACCCGCUCAUCGAGCAGGUUCAGAUGUUUCUGCUACAUCUCUCCCCCAACGAAGACCACAUCGCGUACCGGUUUUCCUGCAUGAUUGCCGAGUUCAAGCGGCGGUGCGCUGGCGCCGAAUGCAAUGACCCGUCCACUGUCAAGGGGUCUCCGUUGUCCUCCUACGGCGACAGCCGGAAGAUGAGCAUGGGGCAAGCACCGUACAUGCCACCCAUGAUGGAUGGUAUGAUCGAGGGGUACGGCUUCGAGCAACUGAUGCCGGAAGUGAUGCCAAAUUCGUUCCCCGAUGGGGUGCUCAAUGGGAUGCCUGUGACGGGGCUAGCAGCGUAUCGUUCCUCGACGCUGUAG